AAAACUACUUUUUAUGUACAUUUAUUUAAGUGUUUCUUGUGUGCGUGUUACCUUUUGGCCUUGUGUCUCGUCGGAGCCUGAACGCAUCGGAACAGGAGCUGCUGUCAAGAGAGACGUUGCUAACCUUCCACCACGGGGUACAUUCAAAGUGGAGAUGUUUGGGUACAUCUGGCAGUAUGUCUACACUUUCUACCUGAGGUUCUGGUUGAAGUGGCUCAUCAGGCAGGUGACGGGGACAUGUGAACUGCAGAGAAUAUGCUCCGGCUAUAAAGCAGGGGCCUUACGGACCACCAAAGCUGAAUACUCUCUGCAGUCAUCAAAGAGCAAGGUUUUAAGAGGAGCUUUGGAAGCCAGAAAAAGUAAUUUGGAGCAAUGUGUGGACCACAUAAUGAAAGAGAAGAACGUUAAACCACAAAAGGAUCCGCUGUUUAAGGGGAAUCUGCACAUCUGUUUGCUACAGAUAACAGGCUACAGCAGCUUAUACGUGUCAGUGGAAGACUUGAGGAAAGAACCCUUCAGCUCAGAGAACCCCGAGCACGAGGCCAUGCUUCUAAAGCUAUGGGAUCUGUUGAUGCCAGCCGUAAAACUGGAAUCUCGAGUAACCAAGCAGUGGGGGGACAUUGGUUUCCAGGGCGAUGACCCUAAGACUGACUUCAGAGGAAUGGGCUUGCUGGGUCUGAUCAACCUUGUGUUUUUUAGUGAAACUUACACAAAGGAAGCUCGUCAGGCGUUGUCCCAUGCAAACCAUCCCAAAUUAGGGUAUUCCUAUGCCAUCGUGGGGAUAAACCUGACAGAGAUGGCCUACAGCCUGCUGAAGAGCGGCGCUUUGAAGCCUCAUUUCUACAACACAGUGCAGGGCCCGCCAGAGCUCACACACUUCCAUCAGCUCUACUGUUAUUUGGCGUACGAGUUUGAUAAAUUCUGGGUGGCGGAAGAACCUGAGAGCAUCAUGCAUUUCAACCAGUACAGAGAGAAGUUUCACGACUCAGUCAAGGCUCAUCUACAGGAGCCUGACGCCUGUCUCACGCUGGCCGUCACUGCACAGUAGCACAUUCAACCUCCUCGCCCCCAUUGGGGUUUAUGUAGUCGAAGGAAGCUUUCUGAUGUUCGUGGGGAGUGAAAAUGUCCAAACAAAUGAAAGCUGCCCUCGUUCAAACAAACAAGUCCUCUUUCCUGGAAUAAAGUGACCAUUAGACACAUGUAGUUUUUUUUUAAGUGCUUGUGAACAUUGUACCUUCAAAAAGACCAUUCCAGUUUGUUAAAUUAGAAGCUGGUGGUUAAUGAUUCUUAAACUACUAAGCACUUUUAGUGAUCAAAGUUUUCCAUUCUGACAGAAAUGUUGUUUCCCUGCUCAGGUACUGCAGGUUUAUGUUUGGAGUUCACUCAUCAAGUGUUCCUGCUUCAUUGUGGUGCUCCCUUUUGUUUUGAAAGUUGUGUGAACUUUAACAUUUCCCUAAUAUGUGUUUAAAAACGUUUUCAAGAGUCAGUGUUAAAAAGUGAUGUUUUAUGACUUGUUUUUAGGUUUGGGUUUACUUUUGAGGAUUUCCACAUCGUUCUUGUCAAAGUGAGAUUAAAAAUUAAUAAAAAAGAAAA